CUGUAAUAUUUGAAUGAGGUAGGUUCAGCUAAAAAUCCGAAGAAAAGGCCCUUAAAAGUCCGAACAAAAUGAGAAUAUUAAUAGGUGGAGGGUCUGGGUUUGUGGGCCGUGAGCUCACUCGUUUGCUUAAGAGCAAAGGUCAUGAGGUCACUAUAAUAUCUCGGCAGCCUGGCCCAGGGAGAAUCACAUGGUCAGAUCUGGAGUCUGGAGGCCUUCCACCAUGUGAGGGUGCCGUAAACCUGACCGGGGAGAACAUCAUGAACCCAUUGCGUUGGUGGAAUGACAGUUACAAGAAAGAUCUGUUCUCCAGUCGAGUUGACACCACCAGAAGUUUAGCUCAAGCCAUUGCUGCCUCUCCCAAUCCUCCUCAUGCCUGGGUUCUUGUCACAGGUGUAGCAUGUUAUAAGCCUUGCCUUCAGACCCAGUACACUGAGGAGAGUGAAUGGACACCCUUUGACUUCCUCUCACGACUAGUUAAAGAAUGGGAGGGAGCCGCGCGUCUACCUGAAAAUGUCGCAAACAUCACCAGACAAGUCGUCAUCAGGCCAGGUGCAGUAUUGGGGCGUGACGGUGGAGCAAUGAAACAGAUGCUUUUGCCUUUCUGGUUAGGCCUUGGGGGCACUUUAGGUUCUGGACGACAGCCAUUCCCCUGGAUCCAUGUCUCUGACCUGGCUGGAAUCAUUGCCCAUGCAUUAGAACCUUCCACAGAUCCCCCUUCAAAUGACCCAGAAGUGCUCAAUGGCGUCGCCCCAGCACUAAACACUAAUCUUGAAUUCACUAAAGAACUGGGCAGGAUCUUGAGGCGACCCACUAUUUUUCCUGUGCCUGGCUUUGUUAUGGAUGCUCUCUUGGGUUCUGAGAGAGCGGUCAUACUCACACAGGGUCAAAAAGUUGUGCCUAAAAGGACUCUGGAGUCAGGCUUUGAGUAUAAAUAUCCAGAUUUGACCUCUGCUCUCCGGGAAAUUGUUGGAAGCUAGUAAUCAGGGGAAAAGGUUGAUACUCUGAGCUAACCAUCGAGAAGUUCUUGAGUAAAAGGUAAAAAAUGGUAAUCACGCAAGUUCUUGAAGGUUUUUUUUGGGGGGGGGGGUUACCAUGUCACAGGGUAAACAGUAACUCACACAGGUUGAGAAAGCAGCUUUUGUUUUUUUUAUUUUGUUUUUACCUUGAGUGGAUACUUGAAAUUGCAUACUUCCAAGAUCUACGUUGAUACUGAUCCACCGCGGAAACUCUUUUCUCACAAACGUCUUCAGAACUGUAUAAAACUCUUUUUUAUUUUCUUCAGACUGUAUCUCCAAAUAAAUAUUUAUGCCGCACUGAAGGCAGAGUUUUUUUUUCCAUUUACAGCAUGUUUUACACCAUGACACCCGCUGUUGACAUCUCCUUUGACUGAAAAUACAGACCAGUGGCAAAGCUGAAG